GAAGAAGUCAAAGGAAGGUGCAGCCCGAUCUAAUCUUAUCUCAUCGCCGCCCACCGCCGAACUGGCCACGACCCCUGCGACUAGAGGCCAGAGCAGCACAUCAACGUUGCAAGCUACUAAGAUAACACGCAACAGUCCACCUGUCCACCCUGCUUUUGUAUUCCGUUCUGUUCAGUUCUCUUCUCAGUACCUUGACGCAACUGCUACGCCAGCAAAAUGGCGAACGUAAUAGCGAACUCAGGCCACGAUGAUAUGAUUCACGAUGCCGUUCUGGACUACUAUGGCAGGCGGUUAGCGACAUGCUCUUCGGAUAAGACAAUCAAGAUCUUCGAAGUUGAGGGCGAAACCCACAGGCUGGUCGAGACACUGAAGGGACACGAGGGCGCUGUAUGGUGUGUAGCAUGGGCGCACCCCAAGUAUGGCAACAUUCUCGCCUCUUCGUCGUACGAUGGCAAGGUCCUCAUCUGGCGCGAACAAGGCGGCGCCUGGCAAAAGAUCUACGAUGUCGCGCUCCACACCGCGUCUGUCAACCACGUCGCCUGGGCGCCCCACGAGGCCGGCUGCCUCCUCGCCUGCGCUUCCUCUGACGGCAACGUGUCGGUUCUCGAGUUCAAGGACAACAACUGGACACACCAGAUCUUCCAAGCUUGCGGCUCCGGCGUGAACAGCGUUUCGUGGGCACCAGCUGUUGCACCCGGCCAGAUUGUCAGUGCUAGCGGAAACCAGGCCGGCACCGCACGACGAUUCGUCACCGGCGGCAGCGACUGCCAGGUCAAGCUUUGGGAGUUCAGUGCAGAGACAGGAAGCUGGCAAAACACACAAAUCCUGCCUGGCCACACAGACUGGGUCCGCGACGUAGCAUGGUCACCAACCGUCCUUUCCAAGUCGUACAUUGCCUCUGCAUCCCAAGACAAGACAGUUCGUAUCUGGACAUCCUCAGAUCUGCGCGACUGGAAAUCUACCGUCCUUAACGUCGACGCUGCCGCAUGGCGUGUGAGCUGGAGCCUCAGCGGCAAUGUGCUCGCAGUCAGCACUGGCGACAACCGGGUUAGCUUGUGGAAGGAGAGGUUGAGCGGUGGAUGGGACUGUGUCAAGACAAUUGAGGAGUAAAAGAGAUUCGAAGGCGGGAAGUUUCGAACAUGCAUCAAAAGCGCAGCACUAUAUGAGUGCUAGGUUGGCACGGCACGAUUGCUAGCAGAUAUCAAGCAAGUCAGCAAGGCUCGAAUGACAGGACACGACCACUUCAAGUCCCU